AUGGCCACUCUCACUAUGACUCCUACUCGUCAGCCUUUGGGCUGUUUGGACAUGAUGCCGUUGAUGCGAUCGAAACUAAAUCGUCAGAACCAGCAAAAUGGUGCCAUGUCUAUGAAGUCAACCCCAAUGAAGAGCUCGAUCUUCAUCGACGCCGAUUCCGAGAAUAUCAAUCCAGCAAGCUUCUCCGCCAAACGGAAGCGUACUUCUGAGGACGACGAGGAGAACAGCGCGUCGAAGCCCAUCAAAACAUCCCGCAUGGCUCUUUCCACCCGCAUAAACAUCUCCCCCCGUCUCUCAACCCCCUCCAAGCUCUCUAUUACAACUCCCAAAUCAGCUCCUAUUCUCAAGCCGGCUGGUCGCUCUCCACCACCCAAGUCGAGCAAGUCCGCCACUCGCCGUUCGCUCAUCGCCAAACCCCGCUCAGAGCAAUAUAGCAAGCGCGGCGUGGCUCGUCCCUUCUCUCUUGCUUCUGUCCUCGCUCAAUCCAAAACUUCUAAGCCUACGCCUGCCCCCAAGGCCCCGGCCUCAUGGUGCUUCGAUAUCCACGUCGACACCGAGCAGGAAGAAAUGACCAACCUGAUGCAUCACUCGACCACUGUCCUUGAUAUCAGCGACGACGAGGGCAAGUCCGACACUUGCCCCCGUGGAAAGGAGAAUAUUCCUCCUCACGAGCUGGGCAUUGAAGUCCCUGUCGCUCGUGAGUCCACUGCCACUAUUCCUGCCGUCGCUCGCAAGUCGAAGAUGGAUGAGCCGCGUGCUGCGCUCGGUGAGCUCGAUGCUGCCGAAUACUAUGCCGAGGGCUGCAAUGCUUUGUCGUAUACGAUCAUCUAUGAUGAUGAAGAGCACGCGCCUGAGUUCAAGAAGCCCUCGUUGCCUCUUUCCCGGAGCCAAAAGACCGUUAUCACUACCUCCAUUGCUUCUGUUUUGGACGUUGUCGCUGCCGAAACCGAGCGCCGAAACCUUCAGGACUCAACUGACAGCACCAAGUCUGCUCUUUAA